AGGCGCGGGAGGCCGUGGCGGGCUGCUGCGAGGGCGCGAGCGGUCGCUCCCUGAGGAUUUUAUGAAAAUGGAAAAUUAUGAGGCAUUUGUAGGCUUUGAGCUCUGUAAGACACCACUCUCCAGUAUUGCUCAGAAGAUUAUGUCUGCUAUGCGUUCAGGUGAUUUAGUUGAUUCUAACAAUGGGGGAGACAAUACAAAUACUGUAGAAGCGAUAAACAAAUCCAGUGUUAAGUGUUCAGUACUACUUGAAGAUGGGAAGAAUCAAUCACUGGAAAAAAAGAAUAUUCUGUCUUUGACAAGUCAGACUUCAGGAAGUUCCAGCAAGCUCUCUUCUCAGUCCUGCAGUACCUGGCCCACAGAUCGGCUGUCUGCUGACCAGGAACCGAAGAGCAGCCACUCACUGGCUCGUUCUAGUUGUUCAGUUCCACAGUGGAAUCCAGAGGCUUCAGCCCUCCAGGAGGUGGCGUGUACAAGCAGGCAUUUCCUCAAGGACAGUGUGGAGCAGGGAAGUGAAGAGAGCAUGACUCUGAAGAGGAAACACACGGCCCACGACUCACCCGAGAGAGCAGGCACACGGACGGCACUGGACGAGGCUGAAGCCUGCCUAAGUUCUGGGAACUCAAGAGCCGUCAAAGAACAUCUUUGUGACAUUAGGUAUUUGGACGAUUUGACAAAAAACCAGCUGAUCGAAAUGUUCAAACGGGCAGCAGCUCUGGUGGUCACUCUGAUGUAUAAGGAUGGUUCAACCCAGCUAAGUGCUGACCAGGCUGUCAUUUCAUCUGUCAAAGGAAUUGUGAUGCUACUGAAUUGCCAGGUGGAGGGCGGCCGUGCUCCUCCGGCCGCUGCAGCCAGGGGGAGUAUUCUGGACGAGGAUCAGUGCUUCUACAUACAAACAGAGCGCUCUUGUCUUGCCGGCCAAGAACAGGAGGCACAGAAUCAGUUUGCCAGGAACAUGCUGUCUCAAGCACUGAAACGUAAGCUUCCCGUUAUUGGCUUUGAUGCCAAGGACUUCGUGAGGACGGUGCUGCAGUUUCUUGGUGGUGAUGACAGUUGGAAGCAUGUUGCUGAUUUUGUAGGCCUUGACCCCAGAAUUGCUGCAUGGCUUAUAGAUCCCAGAGAUGCCACACUGUCUUUUGAACAUUUAGUGGCAAAAUACCUUGAAAAAUCCAUCACAGUUAAAGUGAGCAGCACUUACAGAAAUUCCUCAAGAAACAUUGUGAACCAGAACGUACAUGUGAAUCUAAGGAUACUCCACAGGCUUACGAUGAAGCUUUGCUCCAAGCUGAAGGCUUAUGGUUUAUGGCAGCUGUUUUGGACUUUGGAGCUUCCUCUGAUUCCAAUUUUGGCAGUGAUGGAAAGACACAGCGUUCAGGUGAACAAAGAAGAAAUGGAGAGGACAUCAGUGCUGCUUGCGGCUCGUCUCAAGGAAUUGGAGCAAGAAGCCCAUUUUGUUGCAGGAGAAAGGUUUCUCAUAACGAGUAACAACCAGCUGCGGGAGAUCCUCUUUGACAAGUUAAAGCUGCACUUGCUGAGUCAAAGGAAUCUCCCCAAAACAGGGCUGCAGAAACACCCAUCCACGUCAGAAGCUGUGUUAAAUGCCCUGCGAGACCUUCAUCCACUACCCAAGAUAAUUCUGGAAUAUAGACAGGUUCACAAGAUCAAGUCAACCUUUGUCGAUGGAUUACUUGCUUGCAUGAGAGAGGGCUCCGUUUCUUCUACAUGGAAUCAAACUGGAACUGUGACGGGAAGACUUUCAGCCAGGCAUCCUAAUAUCCAAGGUAUCUCCAAGCACCCAAUUCAUAUUACUAAACCUCAGAAUAUUAAAGGUAAAGAAGAAGAGAUUCUCACUAUCUCCCCAAGGGCCAUGUUUGUCUCCUCUGCAGGCCACACCUUCCUGGCAGCAGACUUCUCGCAGAUUGAAUUGCGCAUUCUUGCACAUUUGUCUGGGGAUGCAGAACUCUUGAAGUUAUUCCAUGAACCUGAGAGAGAGGACGUGUUUUCCACUCUAACUUCACAGUGGAAGAACAUGCCUGUGGAACAUGUGACACAUGUGGACAGAGAGCAGACAAAGAGGGUGGUGUACUCAGUGGUCUACGGAGCAGGGAAAGAGCGGCUUGCUGCCUGCCUUGGAGUGUCUGUUACGGAAGCUGCCCGGUUUUUGGAGAGUUUUCUGCAGAAGUACAAGAAAAUCAGCGACUUUGCCCAAGCAGCUAUUACUCAGUGUCACCAGAGAGGCUAUGUGACAUCCAUCACAGGCAGGAGGAGGCCUCUGCCGAGGAUUUGCGCGCAGGAAUCGCAGCUCCGGGCCCAAGCAGAGCGCCAAGCAGUGAACUUCGUGGUGCAAGGCUCAGCUGCAGACCUCUGCAAGAUGGCCAUGAUCCGCAUCUUCGCUGCGGUCUCCAGCUCGCCCACCUUGACGGCCAGGCUGGUGGCCCAGAUUCACGACGAGCUGCUGUUUGAGGUGGAGGACGCACAGAUCCCCGAGUUUGCAGCUCUUGUCAGAGGGACCAUGGAAUCCUUGCAACAAGUGCCAGCGCUGGAGCUUCAGCUGCAGGUGCCCCUAAAGGUGAGCCUGAGUGUCGGCCGCUCAUGGGGACACCUGGCACCACUGCAGGAGGCCGUGAGCCCUGAGCUCAACCCAUCGCACUGAGCCUCUCAGCAACAGCCAGGCCGCCGCAGGGCCCCUUCAGCACCCACCCUCAGGGCCCCUCAACACCCAC